AUGCCUCCACAAACGCAGCUUGAGUCCACCUUUUAAGUUUUUCGAGCUUCGAUUUGCUUCCUAUUUGCAUUAUUACAAGUGGAACUUUUUAAGAUUCAAAAAAGGAUUUAAUUAGUGGCAAAAGAACUUAAAUUAUAAUUGAAUACCUUAUACUUUAUUCUAAAAACAUUACUAACGAGUAAAACUCUCGGUUCAGGCAUUCAAACUUCUUUUUUAAAAGAUUCAUUACAUUAUUAAACACUUAUGGCUAUUGAAUAAAGUUGUGUAAAUUUAACAUUUUCUCUCUAUAUUUUAAUAACUAUUUGGAUGAGUUUCUCUACAAAUUUGAAAAUUAGUAUCAAAAAAAAUCGAGAUGUUAAAGGAUAUGUAGAUUAAAAUCAAGGGGAUAAAUUUACAAAUAAGAAGUAAUCAAUUUAAAAGCUAAGGAGAAUAGCAUAAAAACGGGAAGGCCUUCCCCCAUCGAUUUGA